UUAUAUUUCCGUUCGCACCCAGAGCACACAACCCAGUCCUAGUACAAACAUACAUCUAUUUUUCACAACGUAUAUCUAUAUCCAAAUUGCACGGCGCUACACCGUUUUCUUCCGCUUUUUUCAGUUUUGUUCGAGAUCCGAUUCGAUGGCCAAGGCUAAAAUACAUCAGUGGGUCGGUCAACUCCGUGACGUUGGCAGAGUUCUGCGCUGGAACUCUCCCUUAGUAGAUAAAGCCAGUUGGGUUCUGUCCAGGAUUCAGAAAUCAUAUCCCAAGCUGAGCAUCAAGAAGCCAUUACCCCUGCCCCUGCCAUCGUCCAAUGCCACUAAAGCCUCAAAGUCCAAUUCCAAAAGUAGUGAUAUCAGGGACUCUCAGCUGGGCGAUCCAACGAUUCCAAGUAUCGAAACAACCAAGACGGCGCCCCCCCAAAAUGGCUUCAUCAGCCGAGCCCUCUACUACCGCAGAUUCUACGUGAGGCGUUGAAGGACUUGUGGCCCAUUUCAAAAUGGAUACAAAUUAGUCGAAAUUGAAGGUCUUACUCUUUUACACACGGGACUCGUACUGAUCUGAAUAACCGAACAGCCUUGAAACCGGUUGUGUACAAAUUGUCCCAGCUAUUAUCCAAAUUAUUUACUGUGAAAUGCGAGGGCUGCAUUUGUCAUUAUGAAAUUGCAAAUCAAUAAACAUUUGUACCUUUUUUUUACUAAA